CGGAAGGAGGGAGAGAAGCCGGAGAGGACAGAUACCGAUACAGUGGGGGGAAAUGAGCGGGGUAGGGAAGAAGGUUGCCGAUGUUGCGUUUAAGGCCGGAAAGACAAUUGAUUGGGAAGGGAUGGCGAAGCUUCUCGUCUCCGAUGAGGCUCGCAAGGAGUUCGGUUCCCUCCGCCGCGCCUUCGACGAGGUUAAUUCCCAGCUUCAGACCAAGUUCAGCCAGGAACCUGAACCCAUAGACUGGGAAUAUUACAGAAAGGGACUUGGUUCUCGCCUGGUAGAUAUGUACAAGGAGGCCUAUGAGAGCAUUGAAAUCCCUAAAUAUGUAGACACUGUCACUCCCCAGUAUAAGCCGAAGUUUGAUGCCUUGCUGGUAGAGCUGAAAGAAGCUGAGGCAAAAUCUCUCAAGGAGUCUGAAAGACUAGAAAAAGAAAUUGCUGAUGUCCAAGAGUUGAAGAAAAAGCUCAGCACAAUGACAGCAGAUGAGUACUUUGCUAAGCAUCCAGAGCUAAAGAAGAAGUUUGACGACGAAAUUCGGAACGAUUACUGGGGGUACUAGUCAGUCAUCUCAUGAUGGAACUGCUUUUGGCACGUCUUAGCGAUCUUCUAUUGGGUUCAUCUUUGGUUUAUAUAUUACAUAUAUGAAGAGAGAGAAUUCUUACAUAUAUGUAAGAGAGAGAACUCUUUAAAAAAAAGUAAGAGAGAGAACUCUUCGGUUCCUGAUCUUUUCUCAUUAAAAUCAUUUCCUUGCAUAAUAUUUGCUCUUGAGUGCUAUGCUGCUAGCUUUAACUUCAGAAUUCAGAUUUUUGCUGCUAGUCACUGCUAGUUAAGGGGACCUAACCUAUGGUUGAAUAUAAUAAAAGUUCUCGUUAUAAGUUCUCAUUUUAAGAA